AUGUCAACUAAAGAAUCUCCCAACGAACUAGCAACACCGGAUUCCGAAAUCUACAUAAAGACUUUUAAAGAACAUAUGCAUUUGGAACUGGAACUUCCCAGACUUUCUGGGAAAAGAACUACAACAUCCCCAAAAAUUUCCCCGCGCAGCUCCCCAAGAAAUUCCCCAUGUUUUUUCAGAAAGUUGCUGGUUAAUAAAAGCAUUCGCCAGAGGCGACGAUUCACAGUGGCACAUACAUGCUUUGACGUAGAAAAUGGCCCAACUUCAGGAAGAAGCCCCCUGGACCCCCAAGCCAGCCCUGGCUCAGGACUUGUUCUGCACACCAACUUCCCAAGCCACAAUCAGCGCAGGGAGUCCUUUCUCUACCGAUCAGACAGCGACUAUGAUCUAUCACCAAAGACUAUGUCCAGGAAUUCAUCUGCUGCAAGUGAGCAGCACGGAGAUGACUUGAUAGUAACCCCUUUUGCCCAGGUCUUGGCCAGUUUGCGCAGUGUACGGAAUCAUUUCACAUUAUUGACCAAUGUUCACGGAGUUCCAAAUAAGAGGUCACCGAUUACCAGCCAGCCCCCCAUCCCCAGAGCUAAUUUACAAGAGGAUUCUUAUCAAAAAAUUGCAAUGGAGACUUUAGAAGAACUGGACUGGUGUUUGGACCAACUAGAAACCAUCCAGACCUACAGAUCCGUCAGUGAGAUGGCAUCAAACAAGUUCAAGAGGAUGCUGAACCGGGAACUGACCCAUCUUUCAGAAAUGAGUCGUUCAGGCAACCAAGUGUCUGAGUAUAUCUCCAGCACAUUCUUAGACAAACAGAAUGAUGUGGAGAUCCCAUCCCCCACACAGAAAGACAGAGAAAAGAAGAAAAAACAGCAGUUAAUGACACAGAUUAGUGGAGUGAAAAAAUUAAUGCACAGUUCUAGUCUAAACAACACCAGUAUGUCAAGAUUUGGAGUGAAGUCAGAGAGCGAAGACCUUCUAUCUAAGGAGUUAGAAGACCUUAAUAAAUGGGGCUUGAAUAUCUUCAAAGUUGCUGCAUUUUCCUGCAAUAGACCACUUACCUGCAUAAUGUACGCCAUAUUUCAGGAGAGAGAUUUAUUAAAGACAUUUAAAAUACCAGCUGACACUCUGGUAACCUACUCUAUGACCUUGGAAGACCACUACCAUUCAGAUGUUGCGUAUCACAAUAGUCUACAUGCUGCUGAUGUCACCCAGUCCACACAUGUCCUGCUUUCCACGCCUGCUCUAGACGCUGUUUUUACUGAUCUGGAAAUCCUUGCCGCAAUAUUUGCCGCUGCUAUUCAUGACGUUGACCAUCCUGGGGUAUCCAAUCAAUUCCUCAUAAAUACAAAUUCGGAGCUUGCGCUGAUGUACAAUGACGAGUCAGUGUUAGAAAAUCACCAUCUCGCUGUGGGCUUUAAGCUGCUACAAGAAGAGUAUUGCGACAUCUUUCAGAAUCUCACCAAGAAGCAGAGGCAAUCUCUCAGGAAAAUGGUGAUAGACAUGGUACUGGCUACCGAUAUGUCUAAACAUAUGAGCCUGCUGGCUGAUCUGAAGACUAUGGUUGAAACGAAGAAAGUGACCAGCUCUGGGGUUCUGCUGCUUGACAAUUAUACCGACCGAAUACAGGUUCUCAGGAAUAUGGUGCACUGCGCGGACCUAAGCAAUCCUACAAAAUCCUUGGAAUUGUACAGGCAAUGGACAGACAGGAUCAUGGAGGAAUUCUUCCAACAGGGAGACAAGGAGCGUGAAAGAGGAAUGGAAAUUAGUCCUAUGUGUGACAAACAUACAGCCUCAGUGGAAAAAUCACAGGUCGGAUUCAUUGACUACAUUGUCCAUCCUCUCUGGGAAACAUGGGCAGAUUUGGUUCAGCCUGAUGCUCAAGAUAUUCUGGACACAUUGGAGGACAAUAGGAACUGGUACCAAAGCAUGAUACCUCAAAGUCCUUCUCCAAUUUUGGAUGAGCAGGACAAAGACUGUCAGGGACUGUCGGAAAAGUUUCAUUUUGAGCUCACACUUGAAGAAGAGCAUCCUGAAGGACCUGAUAAUGAAGGGAAUGGAUUGAGUUAUUAUAGUAGUACAAAAACACUUCAUGUUAUUGAUCAUGGAAGUGGAGAUUCACCAGAGGCAUAUACAGAAAUGCUAACAGAUGAUACGUCACCUUUAGACACAUAGAGAAUGUCUACAAGAGAACUGAAAACAAUGUGUUACCAUGCAAGCUGUCGGUUUUGACAAGCCUUGAUCUUGGGUCUCCAUGAGUGCACUGGAUAACAGAUAUUUCCUGUUACUUGACAAAGAAGUCCUAGUUAGAGAUGGAGAAAUGAAUGAUUGCUCAGGAAACCUACAAAUGAUGCACGUUAUUGUUCAACUUUGUUUCUGGGGGGGAAAAAACAACAACAUGUAUUGUUGUGUUCUGGGAACAGUUUGACUUGCCAGUGAACAGUAUGUACAAAACAAUGACACAAAACUGAGAGAAUUUAUACAGCAAGCUUUUGACAUUUUAAACCAAGAUAGAUGCUAGAAAUUAUUAAUUGGUAGGUAUAUGUUGAAUUCCUGUCCACUUGUUUCAGGACGUGUGUGCCUUUUUUGUAACACUUCCAUGUCUUUUAAAUGCCUAUUACUUACACAAUAUUUAGUGUAAAUGGAGCAAAGAAUAAUUAACGUGUAUAUUUUGAUUCUUUCUGAAAAAGAACUAGUCUUCCUUUUUUCAUGGGCAAUAUAUCUCACUUUAUUGCAAUUAUUCAGUAAUUGAGAAACUGAACAUUUACAAGGGGACAACGCAUUUCAUGUCUCCUUCCAGCAUCUGUAAGGUUCACGUGGUAACUCAUUUCAUGUCAUUUCACUUCUGCUUUAUACAAAGAAACAUGUUGAAUUCUUUUUUUUUCUUCUCUGUACGGAUUCUGCACAAAAGAGAUGUAGCUGCUUUUGUAUGUUCAUCCACUACUUUAAAACUAAGCGUACAAAGGCAGUGUGUGUGAGUCAGUGUGUGUUUGAAAAUGCAUGUUCACAAUUGUUUUCCUUUUACGAUUCCAUACAUGAUAUCUGUUUAGUGACACCGUUGUCUUCUUGCACUGCCUUGAGCCCUAACACGUAUCAUUUACUGUUUAUAACAGUGUGUUUAUUAUCUAAUGUAAAUAAUGUAAUGUUUUUGUAAGUUAUUAAUUUAUAAAAAAAUUAACAUUGCCGGUCUUCGGUGGUGUUGAUUGCAUAGGAAACUCUAGGGAAAGAGUUGCAUUUUUUUUCUUGUAACUUUUUUAUUGGAUACACAAAAUAAGACCUGAACAGUAGCCCACAAAGACAUACUGAACCCAUGGAGAACAUAUAGAUUGAUUCAAAGGAGUUUUCAUUUCAGGGUUGUCUAUUUACAUUAAGGUUCUGAAUGUGAAAAGAUACCUUUGAAUGUCUCUAACGUUCUCAAACUUCCAGCUAGCCUGAAAUCUGAUUUUUUGUUUUAAUUUUUAUUACAUUUUUAUUUAGGUGUGCUGCUGUUUUCCAUUAUAACUUUAUAUAUCCUUAAAGAUAUCAGUCUCAGCUUGUAAAAUGUUCCAAAUUUUUGGUCAAUAUUGUGACUAAACCUUAUAGAUAGCACUUUUUGGGCAUGAACAAUGGGUUUCUAUGUCUCUUGUGUACGCCGUUGUUCCAGGUGUAGAUUUUAUUUUGAGUAAUUCACAACAAGGUAUGUUCUUGUAUUGUAUAGUGUUCCAAAAAUGCAUUCUUAAAGGAUUUUUAUUAAAAAAAUAAAAAUAAAUUAAACGAGCAUGAA